AUUUUAUUGCCUCGGCUACUCGAAACCCUGCCUUCCCAUCGUAACUCGAUCCUUUCCUACAUUCUGUCACGCGAAAUUACUUUCCCUGGGUCCCUCUAACGUGCAUCGCAAUUACGCGUAAACAGAAUUUCCGAUCCUUUCUAAACCGGCUCAUUAACGGAGCACGGAAAGUGGAAUAUCCAUUUUUGAGUAUUACUUUUUGAAAAGUCAAAAAACACGGGUUCCUGCGUGUUAAGAAUAAUCAAGGAACAAAGAAUUUACACCGGUCACAUUAACAAAGAUAUAAAUUUUAAUAAUAGAAAAAUAAAAAAAACUCUUCUUGUGCCAUUCACAUGGGGCAGUGAUUAUACAUACUUUUUCAAGACUUCUUGAUUCGGUUCUGGGUUGACUUACGUGCCUGACACAAUUUCGAAUAAACCUUUUAGGGGACAACUCAUUUGAAACUGCAGUAUCUGUCUCAAAACGCUGGAUUCAAGCCUAAACGAUCUCGUUACUACACCAACACAUCGAUAAACAAAUAAAGAACGCACACAUUUAGAAAGUAAAUAGAUCUUUACAGUAUCCGUCCAAAUUCAAGAUCGAACUCCCUCGUUAAUGCACGCGUACAUUAAUAAACAGAUAAAGAACGUACAUGUUUAGAAAGUAAAUAGAUCUCUACAGUAUCCGUCCAAAUUCGAACUCCCUCGUUAACGCACCGUACAUUAAUAAACAAAUAAAGAAGUCCUAGAACACCGAAACACGACCGACUCCGCGAUCCGUCCAAAACCGAAAUCGACUCCGAAAAGAAAAAACUCCCCCGGCGGUAGACGAAAUUGAAAAGGGGACUCGGAGGACCGCGGUGUUUUCAUCUGCCCGUUUAAUUUCCUUUUAACGAGUUUCGCGGAACCGUCAGUCGAUUGCUGCGCGGUCGGGUCAAGUUUGAAAUUCCAGAUCGUGGGCCGAUUGAUCGCGCGAACGGCGAACGACUCGCCAGUUUCCACACGGCAGCCUUGAGUCGCCGGUUACAUAAUUAAUGCAAAGACGACGGCCAGCGAGCUGGUCUCUCCGAGCUAAGUACAUUCGCGCGUCGACGAUUCGAUGCGUCGCGUUCGAACGCAGGCUCUCCGAGAUUUUAUUCUUUCUUUUCUUUCUUUCUUUCUUUCUUUUUUUUUCAUUUUCCGCCCGGUUUGCCAAUUAUUUUCUCACACCGUCACGCCGCGUAUUGGAUCGUUUCGGUCUUUCGAUGCGCGCUGAUCGCGCUCUUCCGUUUUGCGUAACCGGUGCUCCAGUUCGAACGCGAGUUUCGUCGGUGGACAGCGGCCUGGUUGGAAUUUAGCGAGAACCGUGGAAGGAUACAGUACUCCGGUGUGCGUUACGGUCUACUUGCGGGAACCAGAGACGGGCGAAAUUUUGUUCGAAUUAUCGAUCGUGGAGGGGGACGAAGUUCAGCGAAUUUUGGGACAUCGUUCGAUUAUCGUUUUGUGUGAUAGAUUUUAUUUUGCGGUUCGAAUUUUCAUUUUCGUGGAAUAAAUGGUGGUCGGAGUGCUGUGCAUCAGAUACUUGAGAAUUUUAUUUUAAUGACGAACAAAGUUCGAGUGGGGGAUUAUAGUCUUUAGUUGUCGCUGUAAUAAAUCUUAUUUUAUUGCUUGGUGCAUCUUUCUUUCGCUGCUCGAGGAUUUUAUUUGUGUAACGUUCGGAGAGAAAGAACGACAGUGUAGUGAUUUAUUAUCGAAACUUUUUCGACCGAGCAAUUAAAUUUUUGUAUUGUUCACAGUAACGUGAUUUAUGUUUCGCUGUACCUGAAAUUCACAUUUUUUUAUUCGGCGAACGACGCGUGGAAAAUAGUUUAUUUUACAAAUUUUACUUGUUUCUGGUGGACAGCGACUGCGGCGAAGAGUUAGAGGCAAUAAACAUGAAGAUCUAAAGGUAGGCCAAGAUGGACGUCGAGGCUGCACUCCUGGAGAACUCUCCGACCCUCUCGACCAUCUCGUCGGAUUGCACGGACACGACGUACUCCGGCCCUGGGUCGCCCUACUCACCGGAGUCGCCGAUCAUCGUCAAGUCCUCCUACAAGAAGACUAAGGAUGACGAGGUCACGCCCAGACCGACUCCCAGGCAUCCGUUGCCGCCCAGGAAGCCCAACUUUCGGAUACGACCGCCCUACCUUAUGAUCUGCAUCAGCAUCGUCGAGAUAGCCGUCCACUGCCUGGGGGAUGAGGCGACCUUGCGCAGGUGGUUGGUCUACGACCCCCGUCAGAGGGUCCAGGGAUGGAGGUUCGCCUCGUACAUGCUCCUGCACUCGAACGCGCUUCACCUUGCGCUCAACGUGGUCAUCCAGCUGGUGCUGGCCACUCCGCUCGAGGUGGAGCAGGGUCGAAUGGGGGUGGCUGCGAUCUACCUGUGGGGUGGCGUCUGCGGAGCCCUCGGAGCAUCCCUCCUACAACCCAGUCUCUUUCUGAUGGGCGCCUCGGCAGGUGUUUACGCGUUGCUUACCAGCCAUCUAGCGCACCUUUACUUGUGCCACGGUGAACUUCGUUACGCCAGCUGGCGUCUGGCCGCCGUGUUGCUGUUGGCCAGCGCAGACGUCGCGUCUCUCCCGAUCCCAGCUCUUCUGGGUUGCGGAAGGGUCGGCUGGGCCGCUCAUGUGGCUGGCGCCCUCGCCGGGCCUCUCCUCGGCCUGGCCGUGUUCCCCAAUCAGAGCAAGAAGGACGCCAGGGGACGAAGAUUCGUCAGGUUCGUCCGUCUCUUGUCGGCCGUCAGCGUGAUGCUGCUGGUGGUGGGCGCCAUCUUCGGCAACAUCUAUCUGAUCGCGCUGCCUCAGCUCAGGAAGCCGUCCUGACAGAGGAUCGAGCUGCUCGUCAAGUUCUGCAGACGGUCCUUCCUCAUCAUCAAGAUCCGGGAGGCCGCUGAGAGCGUUUUCGAGUAGAUUCUCACCUUGGAAUCUCAACGGAAUGGGAAUUCUCGCGACCCUGGUCAUGAGACGAACAGCGACGAGAGCUCGAAGGCCUGCGGGGCCUCUAAAGGGAGAUUGGAAGCGGUUUGGACCGGAUUUGAAGCUGAGUUUGUCCUGGAGUUUAGACUUUGGACGAACUUGGACGAUCAAAGCGAUGUUUGUUGUGAUUUGAAGGCACUUUUGGGUAGAUUCUCACCUUGGAAUCUCAACGGAAUGGGAAUUCUUGCGACCCUAGUCGGGAGACGAAGAGCGACAAGAGCUUGGAAGUUGGAAGCGGUUGCACUGGGUUUGAAGCUGAGUUUGUCCUGGAGUUUAGACUUUGGACGAACUCGGACGAUCAAAGUGAUGUUUGUUGUGAUUUGAAGGCACUUUUGGGUAGAUGGAUAUUGUGAUGAUGAAAGGUUGGAGUCGGUUGAACUGGGUUUAAAACGAUUGUGAUUGUCGAGCGAAGGCCUGGGAUCUAGAGGAAACUGGUCCCUGCUUGGAUGGUCAAAGUGAUAUUGUUUGUUGAGAACGUUUUCGACUAGAUUCAUAUCUUGGAGUCUCAACCAUAUGAUAACUCUUGCUGCUCUAGUCAAGAAAGGAUACGAAUUAUAAAUUAUAAUCACGGGAGUUUGGAAAAGUUGGUGUCUGUUUCACUACGUGUCAGCGGAGGUUUGAAACGAUUCCGACUCGAUUGCUAUUGUUUGUUGUGGUUGUUCGGGACUUGCUAUCUUCUGAAAAAGAUCGAGGAAGUCAGCAUGCGUUCAACGAAAAUGAUUAAUCCCGAGAGAAAAAAGAACCUAGUCUGCCAAAUAAAAUAAGUCUCCGUCACCAUUUUCCGGCCACACGGAUGACAACACCCCGAAGAAGAAUAUCUUGCAGCCCUAACUACGUCUCCGCUACGAUCGCCAUGAAACUCGCUUCGCCGGAAUCCCCGAGGACUCCGAGGAAAAUAGAGAAAGCGGUUAAUGGAAGGACGGACGAAGAUGAUCACCGGGAAAUUCCCGCGGAACUUACCUAAAGAAAACCAGCUGCCAAAGUAGACUCGGGUUUAAACGAGGGACGAUCGGUAUCGACAGGAAGGAGUGAAAAUCCCUUUCAGCCGUGUGUCUUCGGCAUCCCUUCCACGCCUCGGGAAGAAUUCUUCGCGCUGUUAAUCAAACUGCCACCGAAGGAGGAAGCUUCUUUAGGAAAUUUACGACGGUCUUGGGCUUCUAAUUCUAAGAUUAGGCGGUCAGUCGCGCUGGUUAGCCUUUUUCCCUGCCGGUGGAACCCCGACGAAUCCCUGGUUUCGUGGACAAAUGGACGCGUCGCUGCGCUGUAAAUCGCCUAACCAGGACUCUUCCGUGUAGUGGAGUAUUUGACGCCGAGACGCUUCGAGCCGGAGGAUCGACGCGUUGCCUAAUUACGUGGUUACCGUGGAUCGAGGUAGAUCGAGUCCAGAGGAGAAAGUCGAAGCGUUGGACUCGAUGAAGAUGUUAUUCGAGGUUCAUGGUGUUAGUAAAGGCUAGGCGAUGAGUUCGGGGCGCUUUACAGGUGCGGUGUUUUUGUUGUUGGGAUGUUACGAGCGCUGUUAAAUGUUGAGAAUGUUGACUCGGUGGGCUACAGUGGACCUUGAUCGUCGAGUUAGGGACGAGUGUACAAUCGACUAGCGGUAAGCGACGAAUCCGUUGAUUGGUAACGUAUUGGUAGUUCGUUGUUUUCGUCUACGUGCGGACUGGUGAACGAGAGAGGAGUCUGGGGUUGUUUGGUAGGUCGGGGAUCUUGUGCGAGGGAUGACAAUAAUUUGUGCAGUUCUGACUGAACUGCGUUUUUGUUGUAAAUUGUUUGGUCUGUAAAUUAAAGUACAUCUUGUUAAUUUAAUUUGGUUCGUAAUUGUUAAAAUCCCUCUCAACUCGAGUCUCGUAAAAAUAUAAACUAAUUGUGUGCUCCGUCUAACCUGAUAUAUGUAUUAUAGUUAGCGUUGGAUUAAUUUCCCUUACAAAAUUAAAUUAAAUUACAGCAGACGUCUGUUCCUAAACAACAUAUGACUCGGUCUAAAUAUUUAAUACGAACUACUUUCUGUUGUUUCCGUUCUCCGAAAGGGGUGAAAUUCUCUUUCUCCUCGUUUCUGCCUCGUAAUUAAUCGUUCGUCGGUCCGCACGCAGCCUUAGAGAUGUUAAUCGAUAAGGGUGUUUCGAGUCAUUCUUCGAUAUUAACUAUCGAUAAAAGUAGCGUAAGUUUGUUCGGUAUUUAAACUCCAGCUGACGACGGAAAUUCCUUAGAAUCGCACCCCCUCCCCCCUCCCCCCCCGCCGCCGCCGUCGCCGUCGCCGUCUCCUCCACCACCCCAUGCGGAAGUCCGACGAAAUUCGAGGAAAAUUGCGUGGCUCGAGAGAUCGAGUUCGGUUCUCGAUUCAUUGUCCGCCGUCUCCCGCGAAACGAUUGCACCGCUGCGAUGCAUUUUUUUGCGCUCAGGCUGACGUUGAAUUGUCGAGGAUAUCGACGGCUGACGUGAAUUCCCAUUUCACUUGGAGACGAGCGUGACUCUGUGUUCAAUUUACGAUUUUUAAUACAGGCAUGCGUCAACCCUUCGCGUUUCAGACAGCCCGGGAACUAUUUGAAUAUCGUUACUUGAUUAUUCUUAUUUCGAUACUGUUACUUGAAUAUUCUUAUUUCAAUAUUCUUGUUCCAAUAUUAUUAUUUGAACAUUUCUAUUUUGAAUACGCUUACUUGAAUAUUCUUAUGCGAAAUAUUAUUAUUCCCUAUUCUUAAUUAACAGGAAUUUAGUUUAAUUUCUUUUGACCUCACCUAGCACAAUUCUUUUAAUUAUCGCGUGACCCAUUGGGUGCGUUGUAACUUGUAUAUACGUUUCUAGCCCAGCCUUCCCCAUUUUAACAGGAAUUCGAUGGUGUUAACGAAUUUAUGUGAAACGCGACUUUUGUCUCAAAUAAUUCGUCUAUUUUCAUCGUUUACAAAUGUCUAGUGCCAACUCGAGCGUAAUCUAGACGAGUUGUUUGUUACUUAUGAAUUGUGCUUAUGUGAAAAAGAAGAACGAUAGAUUAUUUUACAAAAUAUAUCGUUUUCAAGGAUAUAUCGUCCUCGGUGUCGAGUAAAAAGAAAACUCGACGCGACGAGGAAAAAUUUAACGGUGGAAUUUAAUGAAGCUGAAUGCCAGGAGAAAAUUUCCAGAACUGCCAUAAACGGGGCACGUUCGCGUGUACACGAGCCUGAACGUGUCCGUCAUUUUAAACGCGACCUUAGUACCUUUCGAAGGCUCUAAUCGCGCAUCCUGCGUCAGUCUUUUUCCUCCACGGUGGAAAAUAAACGGGAUCCGAUGACACGCUCCCCCGCACCCUCUUGUAUUUACAAAGCCGCACCCCUAAUUCUAAGCUAACGGUAUCUUUUCUAUCAGCUCGCCAGUCAUUCUCAUCCCGAUCACCUCCACGAGGUCUCUGCCGAACGAUGUUUGCACCAUAAUUGGUCCAACAAAAUGCAACAAAUAUUAACGAAAUUCUUCUACAAACAAUUUUAUUAUUUGUAAUUUUAAUAUUGUACCGAAUAUUUUUACAAUUCCGUUCAGAUAUUAUAUUUUUUUAACAGUUUUACUUGAAUAUUCCUAUUUGAAUAUGAGUAGAAAUAAUUUCAUUGGUAAUUAUAUAAAUUUAGUAUCGUUUAUAAAAAAACAGUCGCGUUCCUUAUCGAAUAUCUUCGGUGUACCUACCCUCCAGAAAUUUAUCGUUCCAUCGUUGCCCGACCAAUUAUCGUCCAACACUCUCCACUGGAAAAUAGAAACAAUGAGUAUUGCAAAAAUAAAAAAAAAUCCGAUCUCUUUUCUCCCUAAGUAGAAUCUAACGCCUGUCGAGGGUUGAUAAAUGCUGUCAAAGGAUCACUUUCACUUGGAUUCCUUUCGCGAGACUUCAAAGGACGAAACGCAGAUUUCCAGGUGCCUCGAGACGCGCAAUCGAGUCGAGGAAACUUUUUGGGUGAAAAUUUUGUUCUCCGGGUUUCGAGUCGAAAAGCUGAAAAUGUUAAGAAGGAAUCCAAGUUUCUCAGGCAAUCGAGCAAUUUUCGUGGAAUUGCGAGAGUUUUCCAGGAGACCCCUUUGUUUGCAUCGCGACGAAGCAUUAACGAUGCAGCAAAAAGGGAUACAUUUAUUGUUAUAUAUAUAUAUAUGUAUAUGUAGAAACUAUUCGAUAGCGGAUCGUAGAGCCGAAUCGUGCUCAGGAUCUCCACAAAUUCCCAUGAAAAUGAUACAGUUAUUUAUUAAAAAAUAACAAUUUCUCGUAAUGUAAACAAACGUAUGAUAUCGGCUGCUAACAUUUUUCAUACGUCGUCUAAAACAAAAAUUUUUUUAGCAAUUUUAAAUAUUUUGUCCUUGUCGUUUCUGGAUUAAUCAAAGGAAUUUACGAAACGGUAGAGUCCGCUCGAAAUAAAACGAUACUUCGUCGAAGGACUCGACGCAUUUUUCCUAAAGAACAAUGUUGGGUCGAAUAGCUUAAUCGAUCGGAAGGUAAACGUUUAAUUGGCGUUUUGCGGAUAAUUUGUGGGGAAUCUGUGCAAAUAAAGGAUGUGUUCUCCCCGGCAGUUUAGUCGACGAUUGUACCUACUUGUUUACCGAUAUUAUACACACGAGGCGAACUGGCUGUGAUUAUGUUAGUGUUACUGACUACGUCGACACGGUUAAUAAUAACGAUGAUACGAUCUGUAAAUAGUACCGACAAUUGAAUAUAAAUACGAUUAUAUACACUGUGAUUCGGUCACGGGCAUAUAAACGAAGAGCCGUCACCCUUCUCCCCUCCCCCCAUUGUGUAUCGGAACAAUCGAUUACCUGCAAUAAAGUCGAAAUCGUACCGCGGGUUCCC